AUGGCUUCCAGGCCUCCUUGGGCUGCUCAGCCCACUCCCGGUGGCACCCUCUCUGCCCCCAAUGCCACCACGCCCUGGUUGGGUCGGGACGAGGAGCUCGCCAAGGUGGAGAUUGGCGUCCUGACCACAGUCCUAGUGCUGGCCCUGGGGGGCAACGUGACGGUGCUGCUGACCGUGGGCCAGCGCCGUGGCAAGCGCUCCCGCAUGCACUUGUUUGUGUUGCACCUGGCCUUGACUGAUCUGGGCGUGGCGCUCUUCCAGGUGUUGCCCCAGCUGCUGUGGGACAUCACCUACCGCUUCCAGGGCCCGGACCUCCUGUGCCGCACGGUCAAGUACCUGCAGGGGCUCAGCAUGUUCGCCUCCACCUACAUGCUGCUGGCCAUGACUCUGGACCGCUACCUGGCCGUUUGCCAUCCACUGCGCAGCCUCCAGCAGCCCAGCCAAUUCACCUUCCCACUCAUUGCCGCCCCCUGGCUUCUGGCCGCCAUCCUCAGCCUUCCUCAAGUCUUCAUCUUUUCUCUACGGGAAGUGAUCCAGGGCUCCGGAGUGCUGGACUGUUGGGCAGAUUUCCGAUUCUCUUGGGGGCCACGGGCCUAUAUCACCUGGGCCACCAUGGUCAUCUUUGUCCUGCCUGUGGCCAUACUCACAGCCUGCUACAGCCUCAUCUGCCAUGAGAUCUGGAAGAACCUCAAAGUCAAGACCCGGGCCUCGAGGGCAGAAGGAAGGGGCUGGAGAACUUGGGAGCAGUCUCCCCGCUCUGCCACAACAGCUGCCCCGCGGGGGUUGCCCUCCCGGGUCAGCAGCAUCAGCACCAUUUCCCGGGCUAAGAUCCGAACCGUCAAGAUGACCUUCGUCAUUGUGCUGGCCUACAUUGCCUGUUGGGCGCCUUUCUUCAGUGUCCAGAUGUGGUCUGUGUGGGAUGAGAAUGCUCCUGAUGAAGAUUCAACCAACCAAGCUUUCACCAUCUCCAUGCUCUUGGGAAACCUCAGCAGCUGCUGCAACCCUUGGAUCUACAUGGGCUUCAACAGACACCUGUGGCCACGUGCCCUCCGCCAUCUUGCCUGCUGUGGGGGUCCCUCGCCCCAGAUGCGCAGGCAGGUCUCCAAUGGAAGCCUUUCGACCCGAGGCACUACGCUGCUGCUGCGCUCCAGCUGCCCACACACCCUCAGCCUGAGCCCCAGCUUCAGCGGCAGGCCUGAGACCACAGAGGCCCUGAAGACCCCGGAUCAAAUGGACGGAGAAGUCCCCACUGAGACCAACGUCAUGUAG